GAUUAGCACAUGUGGGACUGUGCAUGGGUGUGUCCUAUAGUUGCUUUAUUAACAGGAGACAAGCUGUCUCUAGUGACUAGUCAGGGACCGGUCCAGAAAUAAAGGUGGAGGAUUCUCUCUUUCGACUUCUGCACAACAAACAUGAUGAUAAAGAAAAAAAUGAAGGAAGCAGCUAUAGGUUUUGCACUCGGAGCAGUGGGAGGCUCCAUUAUGGGAGCCACAGAAGACCCCGUUGACAGGACGCUGGCUGCAAUGACCUCGGCGAGUCAACUGAAACCACUGAUCGAAGACAUCAGGACAGUGGGUGCUCUCGGUCUGGGGACUCUCAUGGGAGCUUCUGCUCUGACCAUCGCCAUGACCUCGGUUGUAGCUGGCGUUGUCAUGGCAGCAGUGGUAGCUUCAGUGUUCGUCACCACAAGGAAUUGUGGGACAACUUCGACCAACUAUGCAAACUUGUGGGCAAAUGCAGGACUCGCCGGUGCCUUUGGGACCACACUCAGCGGUGCCACGCUUGGUUUUCUCAUUGAAAUGAUUGUGAAUAAUUUUGGCAUGAUUGGUCUUCUGUGUGCACUGACCAUUUUCAGUGUCCUCAAACCACCCCUGCGCUUUGUAUUUAACAUCCUCUGGGAACAAGGAGAGGCAUGUUGCACUCAAGGGUCUAUGAUUUGGAACACAGAAAGGACACAGAUCGAGAUUUCAGAUUUAGAGCAGAGAGAAAGGGUGGCUGUGCAAAUAGAAGAGAGGAUCCUGACAAUAAAUAAUGGGAUGAACUCUCCUGACACAAAUGACAUGUCAACAUGGGCCACUGAGCGGAAGCUGCGAGAAGGACUAGAGAGGAAGAAGACGGAGGCUGAAGAGGCACAAGUCAAACAAAGGACCCUCCAAGACUGGAUCAAAACUGUGAUGAUUAAAUAUGUGGACUUCUUGGCUUUUUCAGGAAUUCCAAUGACGGUGGUUGCUGUCGUAACUUCACUUUUUGGUUUAUUUGGAUAUGGGGGCCACCAUUCUGUGUUCAUUGUACUUGUAGCUUUAGUAGCAAUCAUUGGCUAUUUGAUUCUGAAGUCAUCUGAUUUUAAGUUCUGGAUGUUGGUCGGAUGCAUGGGAAUGCUUUCAACAUUCGUGAUUGCCAUGCUCACCGUACAAGCUGGGGACGAGAUCAGGAAUCAGAAAGGGCAACCGCAAGAUGUAAAUGGUGACAGCAUCAGCGAUCGCAUGAGUGACCGUUCCUCUCGAGAAGCUCUGAAAACAGCAAUUAUUGCAGCAAAACUUUGCCAACUGAGUCUGGGAGCCACAGUUGGGGGCCCCCUUGUAAGGCAUGCAGCUGGAGGGAGCAAGGUCAUCGUCGGGGCUGCCGUCAUUUCCGUCGUUUUACUGGGUGGUGUGGAGAUUUUAUCCCCAGUUCUGGGGAAGGGAGGCAAAGCUGGGGCACUGCUGGGGGUGGUAGGUACAUCUGGGGUGUCUGUGGGUGCAGUGGCAGCCAUGGCAGGGCAGAGUUCUUCAUGGCCACGUACUUCGGGAGCUGUAGCGGGCGUGAUUAUUGGCGCAUUGGUCAUGGGUAACUUUCAUUUUGUCAUGCUUGGAGUACAACUAUUUGUUGCUUAUACCUUUGCUAUGACUAAUGCUUUCUGAAACAUGGGAUGUACAGUAAAUUGCAGCGGAGUCAAAUACAAUAUGGACACGUAAAUUUGCAUUCUUCAAUGGUAUAAUCCAUUUGAAUUCACUCUGCCACAAAGAAUACAAAUACACUUGUUGUAUAAAGAAUUUUUAUUUUAUUUUCUUUUUAAUAGAAAUGAUGAGAAGCUUCAUUCCACUUCCCAGGUCUUGUUCUGAUGAUUUGGACAUUUGCGUUAGACUAAUAAAUUGUAACAAUUAUAAUUUAAUGCAGUCCAAGCACAGAUUUUACUACAAUUAGUUGAACUAGAGCAUGGGUAGGGAAUUCCAGUUCCUCGAAAGACAUAUCUUGCCUGUUUUAGGUCCCUCACUAAAACAAACACACAUGAUUCAAUUGUUCAGGCCUCGACAGAGCUUGCUGAUGAGCUGAUCAUUUGAAUCAGGUGUGUUGGAGUAAAGAGGGACCGAAAACACGCAGGAUAUGGCUCUUGAGGAACUGGAGUUCCCUACCCCUGAACUAGAGUAUCCGUUCAAUGACGCAAGUAGCCACCUCCUUAAAGUCCCUGUGAAGUGAAUAUAAAUGUCUUGCAAAUUUUCACAUCAUUCAGUCUGUGGCUGAGGCGACAGGACAGCACACUCGUCCCCACAGGCAGGCCACAGGGGGCCAUGCCCAUCCACCAAGAAGCUUGUAUCCCCCUCCUGAAGCACGGAUCUCUAAAAUUAAAAAAAACAAACCUUUUGACCAUUUUUAUCAUAGAAACGUAUUUUUAUGUUGUGGAAUAUUCAUGUUGAUUUUUUUCAUCACUGGAAUAAAAUAUCAAGAAAAAAAAAA